AUGGGCAGUGCAAAUGCAUCAACCGUCGGACCCAACCCGAAGCCCAUUACUACAGCCACUAUGACGCAUGCAUCACACGUAUCGAAUACCACCGCCCAGAACAGCAAUGCAGCCACAAAACAUCACCACAUCUGGCUAGUUACGGGCCCAGCUGGCUGCGGAAAGAGCACAGUCGCUGCACAUUUGUCAGAAGCUCUCGGGUUCCCCUACUUGGAGGGCGACGAGUACCACCCGAAAGCCAACAUUGACAAGAUGGCCAGUGGUGUCCCGCUGACGGACUCGGACAGAUGGGACUGGCUGACGGUGCUCCGCGAGGCAUCUCUCAAGAAGCUGGCUGAAGGAGCCGACGGUGUCGUGCUCACUUGUUCUGCCCUGAAGCGCAAGUAUCGCGAUGUCAUCAGAGUGGCCCCCUACUACUCGCACGAUGUGAUCCUACACUUUGUCUACCUCCACGCCCCAGAGGAUGUGCUUAUCCAGCGGGUCGGUGCCCGCAAGGGUCACUACAUGGGCGCAAGCAUGGUCCACAGCCAGUUCUCUAUUCUCGAGCCGCCCACUGCCGAGGAGACCGACGUCAUCAGCAUCGACGUGAGCAGCACCAUGGAAGAGGUGCAACGGGAAGCAUUGGACAAGGUUCUGCAAAAGAUGGACGAGGACGCCCAGUCCUAG